AUUUGGGGAAAGGGGGUGGGUGGGCACAGGAGGGAAGAGAAAAGGUUUUCCAAUUGCUGGACGAGUCGGGGCUGAAGGAGAAUGUCUUUAUUUAAAGCCCGUGAGUGGUGGUCUACAAUAGUUGGCAACAAAGAAGAAUUUGAUCAAGGAUGCUUAUGUGUUGCAAAUGUUGACAAUAGCAGCAACUCACAAGAUAAAAUAAUUGUGGGCAGUUAUAUGGGUUCUCUUAGAAUCUAUAAUCCCCAUCCUAUAAAACCUGGAGAUGCUAUGCAAGCUGAAGAUUUGCUCUUGGAAGUACAAUUAUGUGAACCAAUACUGCAGGUGGAAGUAGGAAAAUUUGUUUCUGGUACAGAACUGCUUCAUCUGGCUGUAUUGCACUGCAAGAAAUUGUGUGUAUAUGCUGUCUCAGGAAGUUUGGGAAACAUUGAACAUGGCAACCAGUAUCAGCUGAAACGUAUGUAUGAACAUAAUCUUCAGCGAACAGCCUGCAACAUGACUUAUGGGCCAUUUGGCGGUAUAAAAGGUCGAGAUUUGAUCUGUAUACAGUCUGUGGAUGGAAUGCUUAUGUUGUUUGAACAAGAAAGCUAUUCAUUUGGUCGUUUUCUACCUGGCUUUCUUCUGCCUGGUCCACUAACAUAUAGCUCUCGAACAGAUUCCUUCAUUACUGUAUCUUCCUGUCGGCAGGUUGAGAGCUACAAGUACCAAGUGCUUGCAUUUGCAAAAGAUGCUGACACACAAGAAGCUGAGCAACAAAAACUUGGCUCUGGAAAAAGGCUUGUGGUGGACUGGGUUUUAAAUAUUGGGGAACAAGCUCUGGAUAUAUGUAUUGUUUCGUUCAACCAACUUGUUUCCAGUGUGUUUGUGCUUGGGGAGAGAAACUUCUUUUGUCUUAAGGAUAAUGGGCAGAUACGGUUCAUAAAAAAGCUUGACCAGAACCCAAGUUGCUUUCUUCCAUAUUCAGUGUCUGGGACUGUAGUAAACACACUGAUUGGGAACCACAAUAGUAUCCUACACGUUUAUCAAGAUGUGACUCUAAAGUGGGCAACUCAACUUCCUCACAUUCCUGUGGCAGUAAGAGUGGGGAAAUUACUAAAUUUGAAAGGCGUGAUUGUCACACUGAGUGAUAGUGGCCAUCUACAAUGUUCCUACCUUGGUACUGAUCCUUCCUUAUUUCAAGCUCCUAAAGUUGAAGCUAGGGAUAUAAAUUAUGAAGAAUAUGAUGCAGAAAUGAAUAAACUUCAGAAAAUCAUUAAAGAAGCCAGAAAAAUCAAAGAUAUCUUGCCUAAAUCUGAAAAAAAUGAGGAUUUUGUACUUGCUGUGACCAUCUUGCCUGCUCUGGAUUCAGUGUCUCAAGCCAUUGAAAGUGAAGUAAGAGCAGAGGUGGUUCCUUCAGUGACGAUAAAGAUCACAGUGGAGAGCAGACUGAUAACACUUACAAAAUUAUCAGUAUGUGUCCAGCCUCCUUUAGCACUGACCCAAGACAAGUUCAUACUGGAAUUAGAGUCAUCUAUACCUAAAACAGUUGUUCUCUCUGCCUUUCUAAAGGGGAACAGCUCACCAGCAGAUCUGGAUGGUAGUGCUCUAGCUUCAUAUAGCACACCAACAGGUGCACCGAGAGUUGCCCAGUGCAAAUUUCGAUUACCCUUGCAGUUAGUUGGCUUUCCAACUCAGCCUUCGAAAACAGCAAACCACAAGUUAACUAUUGAUACCAACAAACCUCCAGUCAGCCUCAUUACCCUUUUUCCAGACUUUGCUGAUCAACCUGAUGAAGAUCAACUAAAUGCUUUAGGAUUUCAGUUAUUAGCUGGUUCCAAAGUCACUUUACUUGCUUCAAAAACAUCACAGCGUUACAGAAUUCAAAGCGAACUAUUAGAAGAUAUUUGGCUAAUUACGAAAGAACUCACGCUUCGUCUUGAAGAACAUUUUAGGAAACAAAACUGCAAAGACUUUGCAUGUACUUUUUCUGGCCCAAUCCCCUUGCAAGAAUAUUUUGAGAUAAUUGAUCACCAUUUUGAGCUGCGUUUGAAUGCUGCAAAAUAUGAGCAACUAUUAUCUGAAAGAGCCAUACAGUUUAGAGCUAUUGAACGACGACUGCUGGCACGGUUUAAAGAUAAAACUCCAGCUCCUCUUCAACAUCUGGACACCUUGUUAGAAGGAACUUACAGACAGGUAAUAGCUCUAGCAGAUGCAGCUGAAGAAAACCAAGCCAACAUGUUCCAGGCAUUCACAAAGUUAAAAAGUGCCACCCAGCUGGUAAUUCUGCUGAUUAGCCUGUGGCAGAAACUGAGCGUUGACCAAGUUGCUAUUCUGGAAGCUACAUUUUUGCCAUUAACACAGGAUACUCAAGAACUGGGUUGGGAAGAAAGUGUAGAUGCGUCUGUCUCCCAUUUGUUGAAAACAUGUUUGUCCAAGAGUUCUAAAGACCAUGCCCUUACACUUUCCAAUCAGCUGUGUAUUCCCAAGGAUACUACUAGGCUGAAGAAACACAUAACCUUGCUCUAUGACAGAUUGGCCAAAGGUGGUCGUAUGUCUCUAAAUACAGACCUUGACUCUCAACAAACUAUGAUUCUGCCAGAAAUUGAAGUUGGAGCCACUGCCUCAUUCUGCCUUUCAGGUGGCUGUGCUACCAUCCCAGAGUCUGACCUGGAGGAAAGAUCAGCCUCGCAAGACUCCACAACGUUUACCAAUCACAGGCACCUCACCAAACAGGACACUGAACCUGAUUUGCCACAGGAUGAAUUACAGGAAGCAGAAAAGCCAUGAAAAGCGCAAGAGAACCCCCAGGAGGAUUUUAAAAAUCUGUGCAUUUACAAUCCAACAGGAACAAUUUAUUUUUCUCAGUAGUGAACACAGUCAAACUCAAGAAGGAAGUCCACUAAGAGUGCAAAAUACUUUCAGUUGCAUCCAGGCACCUGGUUCUCUCUGACUAGCUACUAAUCUUUGACAUACUUUCUCAUAACCAAAUUUGGGACCGCUUACCAAAUGGAAGGAGGAAGCUGUCUUAUAUUGAUGUGCAGUUGUCAGCCCUCUAUAGAAAUUCUGAUGAUUGAUCAAAGGCUUUUUUAUAAACCAAGAAAUACAUGUGUGCACGAACACCCGCUUCCACUCACACACUCUUAUUUUUUUCAUAUGUAUAUCUAAUUGUUGCCGUUUCUGCUCUAUCUCACUUGAAAUGUGCUAAUUUUGCCCUAAUUUUGAUCAAAGAUAACAAUGUCCUCUUGCCCCUCAGCUGAUGAACAGUGAGUGGAUUUGCCAUUAAAAUCCUCAGUAAUCCCACCAGAUUUCCCUUUAUGACCCCACUCCUGAUUUACAAAUUCCAUCUUGAGUGAUAUUAU